CGCACUGCUCUUAUAGUUGUCUCUCUCGUCUUUUGCCGUAUACCAUCUUCAACAAUUAAAAACUACAACUAAAUUCCUUAAGUACGCACUCAAUUGGAUUUACCGAUUGUUUCUUUAUUCCAGUUUUUAAGAUAAUGUGUAGAAUACCUGUUUCUUUAUUACUCUCAGAGUUUUUGUUAGUGUUAUCAAAUACAAACGGCCAAGUUGUUAGCGGGGAGGCGCGAGGGACGGCCAUGACAGUCGUGUAAACUACAGUGUGCUAAUCUUCUUUAGUAAAAUAGCGAAUAAAAAGUUAUUGGCAAAUAUUAUCAAUGAUUGUCAUAUAAACAAUAGCAAAUAGAUAGUGAGUGAAUGAGUGGGCUAGAUGGUGGAAACUUUAAUGCGCUGGAGCGGCCAUUAUUGUGUAGAACCUGUUUGUGGGUACAUGAGGCUGAGGUGAGAGGAGAAGAGAGAGGAAUCAGGCUGAACAGAGAGGCACACAGCAAGCAGUAAGGCGAUACGGCAAAGAGAGGAGCGGCGUCCUCUGCCCCUCUUACGUUGGGACGCGCCGUUGUAGCCCCGUGUGAAGCUCAGCCGUGAGACGGGCCGACAAGCGACGUACGAGAGAUGCCAGAACCCCCGAUGGCACCUUGCACCACGAUGAGUAAAAAUGAUAACUAUUCAAAGAGAUUUACGUGCAUUCUUCAUUGAACAAAGAUGAAUAGUGAACAGCAUGCCCUGCCAGCGACUACGCAGGCACAGCAAGAGGAAGUAAACGCGGGUCAAAGCGGUCGUCCUUCUUAUCCGGGUGGUUUGGCCACCGCUACGAGUGUCGGGAAUGUAGGAAGUACUGUCCCGCAUUCAUCCGCGGACCUGCGUGUAGGUACAGCUGUAGCAUUAGCUUCCUCGGUAGCUAAGUAUUGGGUCCUCACCAAUCUGUUUCCUGGACCACUACCCCAGGUUUCGGUGUAUCACCAUCCCCACCAUAAUUCCUCGCACAGGAGUGGUGGAGGUGGCGAAGCGCCUUCCAAAGAGCCGGGAUCUUCAUUGUCCCAGGACAUGGCGUUGGCUACCAAUUCGCACCAUCAAACAACGACUUCGCACCAUCACCAUCAACCUGCGGUUAGCAGCAGCGGCCAUCAUAGUUCCCUGCAGUCAACCGCUCAGAUCCCGGUAUCUCUUCCUGGUCUCAAUCUAGACGGAUCUCAUAUACCUACGAGUCAUCUACAGGCCGCUCAUGCUCAGAUGCAGCAACAGAUGCAGUCUCAGCAGCAGAUGCACCCAUCUCAACAGCAACAGCAGCAUCAUCAGAUACCAACCCAUCAAAAUGCCCAAAACAACGGACCAAAUGCUCAAAACCCAUCCGCGCAGAGGGAUGACAACAAAGUGAAGGAUGAAAGCGGUAGUUGCACGACCGAGCGUUGUAGUGAUAGCCAAGUACACUGUCAGGUACAAUGUGAUCUUCAGCUUCAACAGCCACAAGAUUUACAACAGAGUAUGAUGCAGCAGCAGCAGCAACAACAACAGCAGCAGCAACAACAGCAGCAACAUCAACAGCAACAACAGCAGAUUGGAGUUGGACUCGGUGGCGGCCAUGGAGGUGAUGGAAGCAAUCAAAACAAUGCAGAGAAGCCAGAAAAGGAGAAGGAAUUGCGGCAGCUUAAUAUGACACAAUUUCAAGUACCGGAAUUAAAACCAGGUGGUCACAUGAUGGAUGUGCGGACAGCUGAUGGUUCAGUGGUUAAAAUAAGUGCAGGAAACGAACAAGAUCUUGCGAAAACCCUUGGCGUCGAGAUGGUACAAAAUAUGUAUAAAGUUAAUGUUGAGGAUAUUAAUCAACUCCUAGCCUAUCAUGAGGUAUUUGGGAAACUUCAAAGUGAAAUAGCAGCUGGAACUACUUUAGUAGGCGGUACAGUACCUACUCAAACCGUUACCACAAUACAAAAUGGUACUCCCAUCGUUCAACAAGUACAACUCAAUAAAUUUGAUAUAAAAACUAGUGAUGGUGAAGCAACCCCUGGACCAAGUGCUUCGCCCGUAUCUGUUGGUAGUCAUGCAUGUGAAGUUUGCGGAAAAAUUUUUCAGUUUCGCUAUCAACUAAUUGUGCAUCGACGUUAUCAUACGGAAAGAAAGCCAUUUACGUGCCAAGUUUGUGGUAAAGCUUUCUCCAACGCAAAUGAUUUAACACGUCAUGGAAAAUGUCAUCUCGGUGGUUCAAUGUUCACCUGUGCCGUUUGUUUUCAUGUAUUUGCCAAUGCACCAUCUCUUGAACGUCAUAUGAAGCGUCAUGCUACUGAUAAACCAUAUAAUUGCACUGUUUGUGGUAAAAGUUUUGCUAGAAAAGAACAUUUGGAUAAUCAUACCCGAUGCCAUACGGGUGAAACUCCAUAUAGAUGUCAAUAUUGCGCGAAAACAUUUACACGCAAGGAACAUAUGGUAAACCAUGUUAGAAAACAUACGGGUGAAACACCACAUCGCUGCGAUAUUUGUAAAAAAAGUUUUACUCGUAAGGAACACUUUAUGAACCAUGUUAUGUGGCAUACUGGAGAAACACCACAUCAUUGUCAGGUCUGUGGCAAAAAAUAUACGCGCAAAGAACACUUGGCUAAUCAUAUGCGCUCACACACCAAUGACACGCCUUUUCGCUGUGAGAUUUGUGGUAAGUCAUUUACAAGGAAGGAGCACUUCACGAACCAUAUAAUGUGGCAUACGGGUGAAACUCCUCAUCGUUGUGACUUUUGUUCGAAGACAUUCACACGAAAAGAGCAUCUUUUGAAUCAUGUACGGCAGCAUACAGGCGAGUCUCCUCAUCGAUGUGGCUUCUGCUCUAAAUCCUUUACUAGAAAAGAACAUCUUGUAAACCACAUUCGUCAACAUACCGGUGAAACGCCUUUCCGAUGUCAAUAUUGUCCGAAAGCGUUCACACGAAAAGAUCAUUUGGUGAAUCACGUUAGACAACAUACGGGUGAGUCCCCGCACAAGUGCCAGUAUUGCACGAAAUCGUUCACACGGAAGGAACAUUUGACAAAUCACGUACGUCAACAUACAGGCGAGUCGCCCCAUCGAUGCCACUUCUGUUCCAAGUCUUUUACACGUAAAGAACAUCUGACAAAUCAUGUGCGAAUUCAUACUGGCGAGUCUCCUCAUAGAUGUGAAUUUUGUCAAAGAACAUUCACGAGAAAAGAGCAUCUUAAUAAUCACCUUCGACAACAUACCGGAGAUUCUUCACAUUGUUGCAACGUUUGCUCCAAGCCAUUUACUAGAAAGGAGCACCUUGUGAAUCAUAUGCGUUGUCAUACUGGAGAAAGACCAUUUGUUUGUACUGAAUGCGGCAAGAGUUUCCCAUUGAAAGGAAAUUUACUGUUCCAUAUGCGUUCUCAUAAUAAGGGAAGCAAUGCUGAGAGACCAUUCCGCUGUGAUCUCUGUCCUAAGGAUUUCAUGUGUAAAGGGCAUCUGGUGUCUCAUCGACGUUCUCAUUCUGAUGAACGACCACAUCGUUGUUCGGAAUGUGGAAAAACUUUCGUCGAAAAGGGUAACAUGUUAAGACACUUGAGAAAACAUGCAGCAGAAGGUCCACCAACUCAAGUUAGUACGCCUUCGGCAAUUCCUCAACCAGGAGUACUUCCGAUACCAACAGCAGCAGCAGCAGUUCUAGUGGGUCAUCCAUUAGCACCGUCAGCACCGUCAGUUGUGCCACAGCAUACAGUCGUUGUUCCUACACCACCAGGUGUUUUAACAUCUUAUUGAAUGGACCAAAUGAACGGCAGAGAUUACCAUUAAUUUUAUCUAUGGAAAUUUUCUACAAACUUGCAAGAGAGUGCUCUAGAAAAAUUUGUGAAUAAUUUUAUGGCUUGUCCACACGUUAGUUGAUAGAAUAUAUCGUGUUGAAAAUGCUAUAAUUGUUAUAGAUUAAACAUUAAAAAAAUCAACAAUAACAAAUGGGUUUAAAACCGAGGAAAAAUAAUUUCACGGAAUGUUUAUUCAAAUUCAUAUAAAGGAAUUUAUACUUUGAUAAUUUUUCCAAUUACUUUUUAGAUUACAUUUUUCAUAAAUGAUUAUGAAAUCGAAAUUUUGUUUUUCUCUAAAAGAAUAAUGCAAGAAGUAGGAAGAAAGAAAGAAUAUUAUGGUUAAUUCGUUUUGUUUUUCCUUUAUUUUUUUUAUUAGAAUAGUUUUACAAAUAUAGAGAGAUUAUUUCAAGGUGUAGAUAGAAGUAUAUCAGUUGUCAGACGAGAAAUUCAAUUUAAAGCAAAAAUCAGCUGUAAAUGAUUUUAGCUAUUACAUCCGAGUGCAAUAUAAUUCGGCUGCUUUUGUGUGUACCAAGGUAGUUGCAAAGUCAUCAAGAAAAUUUCAAUUUUUGAGUUAUAAACAAUACGCCAAGUAGUGAAGAAGAACAGAAUUAGUUGAUUUAGAUAUAUUUGUUAUCCUUUUAUUAACAUUUAUUCGAUAUCUAGCGUGUUUUUAUAUUUAUAAAAGAGUCAGUACAAUGUUAUUUUUUAUUAUAUUUUUUAUUAUUUUUCAAUUUCAUAUAUGUCAGUAUUGUUUUUUCAUAAAAGAAAAUCAAUCUGUUCAGAAUUUAUUUUCAAAAAUUACCGAAAAUAAUAACAAAGUUAAACUAACUUUUUUAUGAAUAUUCGAAACCUUCUAGAUACUUUACUAUGUAAAAAUAUACAGAAAUUAUAUUUAAUUUGAUAUGUUGGUGUAAUCAAAUAUUUCAUGGUGACAAAAUUUCAUGUUAUUAUCUAGACAUUAUGUAAAGUCAUGUACUUUAUAUUAGAGGUUGAGGUGGAUUAUAAUAUAAUCAAACAAGCAUAUAUUUUGCCUGGCAAUUAAACAGUCGUCAUAAAAAAAAAACCUUAUAAGAAAGUUAGAAGUUUUUUUUUAAUGUGAUGCAAAGGGAAGUUUAAUAAGGUGAUAAUUUACGUUGCCGGGUAUGUCAAAGUUGCAUAUAUCAUCUAAAUAAUAACUAUAAAAUGGAAUGUAGAGUGUAUAUAUAUAUAAAUGUUUAUAUAUACGCACCAACGCACGAUUCAAUUCGAAUACGAAAAUCAAAGAAUUUAAAGUUGUGUGUGAUUUCUCAUGGGCCUGAAUUUAAUUUAGAACUCUGUAGAUUCGUAUAAAUUAUAAAUAAUUAGUGUGUCUGAGCAAUAUAAUGUAUCAACACGUACUAACUAAAUAACCAAAUACAUUUUGUUUGUAAAGAAUUAAACGCCAUACCGCGAUGGAAAAUGAGCUACAAGAUAUUGUUAACAGGUAUCGAUAUAAUGAGUUUGAUAUACAAAUACAAGUUAUGUAUACAAACUAAAUAAGUACUGAUGGAUAUACACGUUGUAUAUAUGCAAUAAACAUAUUGCGAGUAUGAUGCGAUUAAUGGGUGAUGCAGAGUUCAUAAGAAUGGACAUUUAAAAUACAAACUUAUUCAGUCAUAUGUCUCGUCACCUACAAAUUUUAUUUCUCUUAUCUUCUGACCUCUUAGAUUUUAAUUAUCUAUGAAAUAAGAUAAUAUAAAUAAAAAACGAAUAGAAGUAAUGUUUAUAUGAAUCAAUAAUAUUAACAUGUUAUAAAAAGCAUGAAAAAAAGUUAAUUUUUAUUCUUAGAAUUGAGGUUUGUUUAGACCUUCGAAAAGAAUAGUAUAAAAGAGUUUAAAUAUAAUGAAACAAACUUCGAAUUUUUGAUUAAUUUCAUAAUAAAGCGAGUCAUUUUUAAAAUUUUUCCUAUUAAUUAUCUUUGUUGUUUUUGUUUCGAAUAUUUUUCUACCAGAGAUUUUAAAAUCAAUGGAGUGAGACUUGGGUUUGAAAAUAAAGAGGCAAUGGAGAUGAUUAAAUUGGAGUAAAAAAAAAUUAUAAAUUCAAAUUAUGAUUUACUCUUAGAUAGAGCGAGAAAUAAAAUAUGUAUAGAAUUUUAUUAUGCACCACUGUAAUAUUAUGUAUCCCAAACUGUGACACAAUAUACACUGGUGUUAUGUUAACUGUGAGAAUGUCGUGUAAUAUGUUGCAUUAUUUCCUUAAUACAUGAAAUAAAAUAAUAACAAAAUUUCAUAAA